AUGAAACUAGCGCUCUUCCUUGUAUUAGCAGGGUUGGUGAAUUCGUACUCCAUCGCUCGGGAUGACUUGCGCGGUCCGCCCGAACUGCCAGUCCCGACGCGUCCUCUCGAAUGGGGCGACGUCAACUUCCUCAGCACCUCUGACACGCACGGCUGGCUCCGAGGACACCAACACAAUACCUGGCCGGAGCCUAACUACUCUGGCGACUUUGGGUCCUUCGCGAGCUUUGCGAGCCAUAUGCGCGCCAAAGCCGACAAGGAGGGAGUGGAUCUCCUGCUUGUCGAUGCGGGAGACCAUCACGAUGGGUCGGGACUCGUUUCGUCGUCGGAAGAGGCGGCGGGAUGGACAGACGAUAUAUUCGGCAUGCUCGAGUACGAUGUGCUUGCGUUGGGCAAUCACGAGCUGUACAAGUACGAGGCGGCCAAGUGGAUCUACGACCGGCGUGAGCGGUGGAAUGGGCGCUUCCUCACCUCCAACACGAACAUCACGGUUGAGGAGGACGGCAAGGUGGUCAACGUGCCGAUCGCGGACCGCUUCGCCAAGUUCGAGACUAAGCAGGGGCUCAAGGCUCACGGCCGGAACAUCACCGUCCAGUCACCAACCAAGAUGGCGAGAGAGGCGUGGUUCCUCGACGCGAUCCACGACGCGCCCGACUACUUUGUCCUUGCGGGCCACAUGCCUGUGCGCGGCGAGACGUCGGAAUGGCUCCCGAUCUACCAGGCCAUUCGUGACCGCCAUCCCCUAGUGCCGAUCUUCAUCUUCGGCGGUCACACGCACGUCCGUGACUGUGUGCAGUACGACGGAAGGACAAUUGGCGUUGUGCCAGGUCGGUACCUCGAGACGAUUGCAUUUACUUCCUCCGACCUGCCACCUGCUAAUGACGACGGCGAGGCACUGCGCAUGAACAGGCGAUACCUCGACGCCAACGAUGUGACGUACAGAUGGCACGCGGGUGCGACGCUGGGCAACUUUGACACGGACCUGGGUAGGAAUAUCUCGGGUGCGCUCGCGGCGCUCGCGGACAAACUGAAGUUGUCGCGAGUAUACGGGGACGUGCCGCACGACUACUUCCUCACCCGCCACCCAUACGGCCAUCCCCGCUCAGUGAUUACCGUAUUUGAGCGCGACGUCCUCCCCGAAGCGCUGGAGGACGAGUGGCGGCGCGACAUUCCCCGCAUCGUCAUCGGCAACGCGGGCAGCUUGCGCUUCGACGUUUUCAAGGGCAGCUUUGACAAGAAUGACGAGCUGACUGUCUCGCCAUUUACGACGGCAUUCUUCUACGUCCGUCUCAAGGCUGGACUUGGCAAGGCGAUCGCAGACGAGAUGAACCGCGCCGGCGCCUCCAAGCUCCUGCCCAUGAGCGGGAGGGAGGAGGACGACGCCCACGUUCAGCAGGUGUAUAAUGAGUGGCUCGCGUCUCAGUGGAACGAAUACGUCGAGAAUGGGGGCGACGACCUCUUCGAGAACGAAGGGGGACAGAUGCCACUUGGUCGUCCGGUUCCCGAGAAACCCAAGACUUUGGGAUACGCAACUCGCGACGCCUGUGUCGGCAAGGGCGACGAUAUUGAGCACAUUCCCGUGCCGUUCUCCCCCAACCAAGUCGACUUUAUCCGCACACCACUCAAGGGCGUACCCGACGACAUGGAGAUCGACGUGGUCGUCAUGGAUUUCGCGGUGGACGACUUCCUCACUGCUGCACAGAUGCUCAGGCCCGACCUCAAGCUCGGUUGGGACAACUUCAAGCCGUACGCAGAGGGCACGCUCAUCAAUUCCAUUUUCAGCAGGUACGCCAGAAUCGCGUGGUAG